GCGGCGCGGGGCGCCGCCGAGUUCCCGCAGGUCGCCCGCUGCUGUGCAGCCGCCGUCGCCGCCUCGGCCCGGCACCCGCCGUCCCGCCGGGAAGGAGACGGGAGCAUUUCGGAUCUGAAGCAAACGGCCCCUUCCUAUAUAGUCGUGGCUUUUCCAAACCCUCCGAGGAGAGCGGGAUCUUUCGGUCCUUCCUGUAUUUCCGACCAUUACAGGAUCUAGAAAUGUCGACGACACUUUUAUCUGCCUUCUACGACAUUGACUUCUUGUGCAAGACGGAGAAGUCCCUGACCAACCUCAGCAGCAUGCUGGACAAGAAGGCCGUGGGGACCCCGGUGACCCCCCCCAGCUCCAGCUUCGCGCCGGGCUUCCUACGGCGGCACUCGACCAGCAACCUGCCGGCGCUGGCCGGCGGCUCCAAGUUCCCCAGCCCCACCGGCUCCAGCUCUUCCUCUACCACCUCCUCCUCUUCCUCCUCCUCCUCCUCCUCGUUCGGCAGCCUGAAGGAGACGGGCUCCGGCGGAGGCGGCGGCGGCGGCAGCAGCAGCCCCACGGCCCUGCUCAACAAGGAGAACAAGUUCCGGGACCGCUCCUUCAGCGAGAACGGCGAGCGCAGCCAGCACCUCAUGCAGCAGCUCCAGCAGCAGCAGCAGGCGGCGGCGGCGGCCGGCAAGGGGGGCGGCUCCGGCGGCGGCGGCGGCGGGGCCCCCAUCAACUCGACGCGCUACAAGACGGAGCUGUGCCGCCCCUUCGAGGAGAGCGGCGCCUGCAAGUACGGCGAGAAGUGCCAGUUCGCCCACGGCUUCCACGAGCUGCGCAGCCUCACCCGCCACCCCAAGUACAAGACCGAGCUCUGCCGCACCUUCCACACCAUCGGCUUCUGCCCCUACGGCCCGCGCUGCCACUUCAUCCACAACGCCGACGAGCGCCGCCCGGCGCCCGGCGGGGGCACGGCCGCGCCCCCCAGCGCCGCCGCCGCCGGGCCGCACCACCACCCGCACCACCCGCCCCCGCACCCCGCCGGCAGCACCGGCGACCUCCGCGCCUUCGCCCCCCGCGACCACCCCCUGGGCGGCGGCGGCGGCGGCUUCGGGCACCCCCGCGGCGGCGGCGGCGAGCGGCCCAAGCUGCACCACAGCCUGAGCUUCUCCGGCUUCUCCGCCCACCACCACCACCACCACCACCCGCACCCCCACAGCGCCGCCCCGCCGCCGCCGCCGCCCGGCGGCCGCCUGGACGCCGGCCUGCUGGAGAGCCCCGGCGGGUCCCGCACGCCGCCGCCGCCCGCCUCCGCCUCCUACUGCGAGGAGCUGCUCUCGCCGCCGUGCGCCAACAACGCCUUCGCCUUCUCGGGGCAGGAGCUGGGCAGCCUCAUCGCCCCGCUCGCCCUCCACACCCAGAACUUCGCCGCCGCCGCCGCCGCGGCCGCCGCCGCCGCCGCCUACUACCGCUGCCAGCAGCAGCCGCCGCCCGGCGGGGCCUGCCCGCCGCCCCCCGCCUCGCCGCCCUUCAGCUUCCAGCCCCUCCGCCGCCUCUCUGAGUCGCCCGUCUUCGACGCGCCGCCCAGCCCCCCGGACUCCCUCUCCGACCGGGAGAGCUACCUGAGCGGCUCCCUCAGCUCCGGCUCCCUCAGCGGCUCCGAGUCGCCCAGCCUGGACUCGGGCCGCCGCCUGCCCAUCUUCAGCCGCCUCUCCAUCUCCGACGACUAGGCCCGCGGCAGCCCGGCAAGUAAGUGAAAGAGCGAAGAAAGUGAAUCCUUCUCCUCUUCUUCUUUUUUUUUUUUUUUUUUUAAUCUAUCUAUAUGUACACCGAGAGCUGAACAAAACAAAAACCAUAAAAAGCAUCUUGCGAAAGGGCAAAUGACAGGAACUGAACAAACCUAUUUUUAUAGAGAGACCUUGGAAGAAGGGGAUUUUUGUUUUGGGGUUUUUUUGUUGUUGUUGUUCUUUGGAGACAAGUUAUGAUACGCACCAGCAGCAGCCAUUCCAUCUGUGUUCGAAAAAAGAAAAAGCAUUAGAAAAGACACCACCAGAAAGCAACAAACAAUCCGGGGAGCCCGAGUCUUGCCUGUCCAGCUCCUCCAAACGUUCUGACACACACACACACGAAAAAAAAAAAGUUACAAACUAGUUUGUCUUUCAAUUCAGUUAAAAUAAAAACACAGAACGUAACUGAACCUAUAAGCUUUUUUUAAAAAAAAAAAAGAAAAAUCCAACAUCCUGCCAAGAAUAUGCCUUGAUAACAACCUUCUUUUUUUAUAUAUCUAUAUAUUAUUAUUAUAACAAGUGCUAAAACCUUCAUUCCAAAGUUUAAUAUUGGUUCCAUUGCCACCACUUAGUGGAUGUUUGGCUUAGAACAAUUUUUGUUGUUGCUUUAUUUGGAAGCACUCAACUGAGUUUAGUUUGUAAUUGUUGGAGAAUAACUGCUGAUUUUUUUUUUUAAUUUUUUUUAGCCGUUUGAGUUGGUUGCAUGAAUGAGUCACUGCACACAACUCAGAAACUAUUUAACUUAUUUAUUAUCUUGUGAAAAGUAUACAUUGGUAAUUUGUUCAUACUGUAUUUAUCGGGUAUGAUGAAAAGCAAUAGAUAUAUAUUCUUUUAUUAUGUUUAAAUUAUGAUUGCCAUUAUUAAUCGGCGAAAUGUGGAGUGUGUUCUUUUCACAGUAAUAUAUGCCUUUUUGUAACUUCACUUGGUUAUUUUAUUGUAAAUGAGUAAAAUUCUUAAUUUAAGAGAUUGUAUGUAAUAUUUAUUUCAUUAAUUUCUCUCCUUGUUUACGUAAAUCUGAAAGAUUGCAUGGUUUCUUUAUAGAAAUCGGUCUCGAUGCUGUGGAAGUAGUUUGAGGAAUUUCUAUGGGUUUUUUUUAGAAUGUAAAUGGUUGUAGCCCGUCCGAGUUGAAAAACAAACACGAAAAAAAAAAACCGAAAAAAACCCAACAAAAACAAAAGACUGACUUAGCAAUCAGACUUCAAAGUGGCAAAUCUAAUUCAAACUUGUUCAAAGUAACCAAAAAGUAUUGUUUUGUUGCCUAACUCCACCAAUCACACUGUGAUAUAGUCUCAAAGUAUGUAGCAAUAAUUGGGGGUCCCAGUAUUAUGUCUCACAGUGCCUUCUUGAGGGUCCAUGCUUGCCUUAAAUAACUUUCAACCAAAUAAGUAUUUUUCUUAAUGCUUGAGAUAAUUUGAAUGUAGGGAUGGGUUUUAACUAUGGCAAAAUUUCGCCACUCUCUAUUUUAUAAUAAUGGAGGCCAUCUUUGGAUCUGAAACUUUAUACAGUACACGAACAUAUCUUGUUUAACUGAAUUCCACAACUUGUGAUUAUUAUUUUUUUUUUCCUUAUGUAGAAAGUCAGGAGUUUUCCAAAACUUCCCUGGACGGUGGAUGAAUGAGGAGUUAGCUAGGUUUUGUUUGUACAUAGGUACAGAUUGAGCACUAUGUACUCUUUUGGACUACUUUAACAGAAGUAUGUUUUGAAUGUAACUAAAGGAUAAGUCAACUUGAGUUGUAAUAUAUUUUUCGGGAGUCAGUUCACUACAAAUUGUGUGAGACUGUAAACUUUGUACUGUAAAUGUUUUGUAGUUCUCCCAAUAAAAUUUUUUUGAAAAAAAAAAAAAACAAACAA